CUUAAAAUUAAACCAUGGUUCAACCAAAUAUCAGGAUAUACCCUUUAGCCUACCUUACUGAAGAUAGUUACUCACAGUGGGAAGAACACAUUCAUGAUCUUGCCAAAAAGUCAAAGACAGAUAUCAAGUUCAACUUUGUAGAUCAAUGCUUUGAAAUCAAAGGCCGUUCUCAACAAGCUUGCGACGAAGCGUCUAAGCGAAUUAUAACAUUGCUCCUACCAGCACUUAAUCGAGUGGUUGAUGAAAAUAAGUUUGCUGGAACAUUUGAAGAUUUAGACAGCCUGUCAAAGUCAGCACGACCAAGCCCCACCAAUUCCACAUUAAGAUCGUCUUCGUCUAGAACUCCUCCCAUGGUCGGUAGACCCUUAAAUCCAGAAGAAGUGGAUAAGAAGCAUGCUAUUAAGAAGGGAGGUGCUACCAACGAGAAUAAUGAACGAGAAGCUUAUUUUACUUAUGAGACUGAAAGUGACGAACCUGAGGAUAGUGACGAGGAGUUUAUGGAAACCUUUACAUUUGCCAAAAACAUUCAAAACCCUAAAGAAAUAUUAACAGGUCCUCCCUCCAACAAUAGUAAACCACCAGAUUACUUGCGUAUCAUUGGAAACGAUACUGAAACAGAGUGUAGUUUACAUGGCAGAGAUGUCAAAAUUGUUGGUACUUGUCAACGUAGCAUCAAGGAAGCCGCAGACCGCUUCCGAAAUUUACAAACAAUCUUUAAACGUAGAAAGAGACCUACCAAUGUUGUACCUUGUGUACAUUAUCCUACUGAAUCUCCUCGUUUCGGUAUCUAUUUCUGUUCUUUGGAUCGCUACGCCCAACAAGCUUAUGUAGCUACUCCUGCUCUUACUUCACCUGUUUAUGUCAUGUUACCCGUAUUUAAGGAUAAGCACGGAAAUGAGCAAAAGCCUAAGGAUUUAUUGCCUGCUGUCCAAAACCAGCCUCCUCCUCAAUGGGUUUCACAACAACAGCACCAGCAAAGACAGCCUGAUCUGUCCUUGGACGAACGCAUGAGAUUAGCUUCCUUGGAACAUCGAAAGGGAUAUGGUAAUGAAAAUGCAGGUAUGGCUCCCGAUCAAAACACUCUAUGGGGUGAGAAUAAGCCUUAUGUGGUGCGUCAAAGCGCUUCCAAGCCUGUGCCUUCACCUAAACCAACAGCUGCACCUGUACAAAAACCCCCUCAAGAAGAUUUCCCUUCCUUGAUGUCUACACCUCGUCCACCUGUAAAGAAACCGCAACAAAAUACAAGAAGAGUUAUGCGAGUCAUUCCUCAAAAGUCUGCUCGCUCUCCUUCGGCUAAUAUUUCUAACGCUGAAAUCAUCAGAGAAUAUAAUCUUCAAAAUAUCAAGUCUUCAUUACAAGAUGGUUUAGAGGGAGUACGUGGAUUUAAGGGUGAUAUCAAGUUUGGAGCCAAACUAGGCAAGGUCCUUUGGGGUAACAUGACUGCCGAAACUCAAAAGAAGAUUUGGGACUUUCAUGACAUUAGGGAUAUCGUUGUCAAGGAGCGUGGUGUAGUACCUUUAUUUAACGGCGUUACAACGAAAUCCGAAGAUGUGAUUAACCAAAUGUCUGAUCUUUUACCUGAAGCGUAUGGUCGUUCUGCUUACUUUGAAAUGUAUGCAGAUGCUCGAAACCAACCUUCUGUCCCUUAUGAGCCUGUGGUGAUGUACAUGAGUCAAGGUGUGGUUGAAUUGAAAAAGAUUGUGACCAAGACCAACAAGGUGACUGAAAUUGACUGGGUCUCACUCGACCGUAAAUUUGAUUUCCAAAUGUUGCUCAAGACAGAAGAGUUGACCCGAACCGAUGUCAGGCCCUAUAAUACAUUCAUCAAGAAAGUCGCUGUCUGUCCUAAUACACGUCUUAUCACAUUUGAAAACGUACCUGAUUUCUUAAACGUUAGAAGCAUCCUCUUAAAACAAACCACUAAGUAUCGUAUCCAUUUCCCAUUUGUGGUCGAAAUUACCCGUGUUGAAAAGCUCCCCUUGGUGAAGCAAAAAUUGAGCAGUUUUGGCAUUGAUAAGAUUCAAGGUGAAACUGGUAAAGGUCAGGUUUGGUAUGAUCUUGAUGUCUUUUAUUCAGCUCAUGAUGAAAUUUUCAAAGCCAAUAAUGAUUUACCUGUUGGUAAACUCGCAUCUUGGUCUGUCCAGGAUAUCAUUGGAAAGGAAGAAGAUGCCGCUGUGGCAAUUGUUGAGUAUAUUCGUUGCUUGCUGACCCUUGUUGAAAUGUGUGAAGGAGCGGUUGCGUAAACGCAUAUUCCUUCACUCACCCUCUCUCUUUUCAUAUAUAUAUAUAUAUACAUAUAUUGUAUUCUGCUCACUUUAUGUACCAGUCAUUAGUCAAUUACACAAAAGCCAU